GGCGUCAUUUCAGAUCUGUUUAGUUCCUGUCUUGGCGGGAAUACGCGCUGCUCACGGGCGAGUAGGCAACUGAGGCAACAUGGAUGUUGAAAUGAAAGAGGCAGACAGUGAACUAAGUCAAGCCGACGGACCGCCUAAAAAGGAUGAUACUGCACCAAAACCCUCAACGAAUGCUUAUGAACUACCAUGGGUUGAAAAAUACAGACCUCUGAAGCUGAAGGAAAUAGUUGGAAAUGAGGAAACUGUCAGCAGACUGGAGGUGUUUGCACGAGAAGGAAAUGUGCCCAACAUCAUCAUUGCUGGUCCUCCUGGCACUGGAAAAACGACCAGCAUUUUGUGUUUGGCUCGAGCUCUUCUUGGUCCAGCUAUGAAAGAUGCUGUGCUUGAGUUGAAUGCCUCAAAUGACCGAGGAAUUGAUGUUGUGAGAAACAAAAUCAAAAUGUUUGCCCAGCAAAAGGUCACACUCCCUAAAGGUCGCCACAAGAUCAUAAUCUUGGAUGAGGCUGACAGCAUGACAGAUGGAGCCCAGCAGGCUCUCAGAAGAACCAUGGAGAUCUACUCCAAAACCACACGCUUUGCUCUGGCAUGUAAUGCAUCAGAUAAGAUCAUAGAGCCCAUCCAGUCCCGCUGCGCAGUGCUGCGUUACAGCAAACUCCGAGACGACCAGAUCAUGAUGCGUCUGACGGAGGUGGUUGAGAAGGAGAACUUGCAUGUCACCAAUGACGGCCUAGAGGCCAUCAUCUUCACCGCUCAAGGGGACAUGAGACAGGCUCUGAACAACUUGCAGUCAACAAAUUCUGGAUUUGGUUACAUCAACAGUGAAAAUGUGUUCAAGGUGUGUGAUGAGCCACAUCCUCUGCUGGUUAAAAGCAUGCUGGAACACUGUGUCAACGCCAACAUUGAUGAAGCCUACAAGGUCAUUGAGCAGCUUUGGUCACUCGGAUACUCACCAGAGGACAUCAUAGGAAACAUCUUUAGAGUGUGUAAAACCUUUCAGAUGGCAGAAUAUUUGAAGCUGGAAUAUAUUAAGGAAAUUGGCUACACGCAUAUGAAAGUUGCAGAAGGGGUGAACUCUCUGUUACAGAUGGCUGGACUGUUGGGCCGCCUUUGCAGCAAGACUGCUGCACCUGAUGCAAGCUGAAGAGAUGUUAUCAAAUGAUCACACUUCAGCCUCAGUGUUUUUAAUCUCCAGACCCUGUACUAAUACUAAUAAUUGUAAAAAAAAAAAAAAAGACAAAUUGCA